AUGUUGCCACAAACCUCGUUGUUGUUGGUCGCUUCGUUGCUGGCCGCACUGCCCGCCAACGCCGAUGGACUCUACACCAAAAAGUCGCCGGUGCUGCAACUCAACCAGAAGACCUACGGGUCGCUGAUUGCGAACUCGAACUAUACUUCAAUCGUCGAAUUCUAUGCACCCUGGUGCGGACACUGCAAGAACCUCAAGCCCGCCUAUGAGAAAGCCGCCCAAAACCUGAACGGCCUGGCCAAGGUCGCCGCCGUGAACUGCGAUGAAGACGAAAACAAAGCCUUCUGCGGCCAGAUGGGCGUCCAGGGAUUCCCCACCCUGAAGAUCGUGACUCCAUCCAAGAAGCCCGGAAAGCCGCGCGUGGAGGACUACCAGGGUGCGCGUACCGCGAAAGGUAUCGUCGAUGCGGUGGUCGACCGCAUCCCCAACCAUGUGAAGCGCGCAACGGACAAGGACUUGGAUAAGUGGCUGGGACAGAAUGAGGAACGGCCCAAGGCCAUCCUGUUCACGGAGAAGGGCACUACAACCCCCCUGAUCCGCGCGCUGGCCAUUGACUUCUUGGGCGCCAUUGAUAUCGCUCAGGUGCGGAACAAGGAGUCCGCGUCGGUGGAGAAAUUCGGCGUUUCUGAGUUCCCAUCCUUGGUCGUUGUCUCUGGCGACGAGGAGCCCAAGGUGUACGAGGGCGAACUGAAGAAGCAGCCUAUCACCGACUUCCUGAAGCAAUUCGCCUCGCCCAACCCAGACGCUACCGGAGAAGCUGCGUCGUCCGCGGCCAAAUCCAAGAAGUCCAAGCCUUCCAAGCCCGCGAAGCCCGUCGCCCCCAAGGUUCCAAUCCCCGAUGACGAGGACGAAUCAGCAACCGCAGAGGAGACUCCUGAGGCUAAGCCCGUUCAUGUCCCUAUUGUCCCUCCUGUCCCUACCCUCGCAACCCCCGAAUCCCUCGAGUCCGCCUGUCUGAGCGCAAAGUCCACCACCUGUGUGCUGGCCCUCCUCCCAGCAACAAGUGAGCCGGACGCCGGGCUUCCAUCCGCAGCUACUGAUGCACUUGCCAGUCUGGCUGAGAUCGCGCACAAGCACGCCCAGCGUGGCACGCAUCUCUUCCCCAUCUACGGGAUCCCUGAAGUCAACUCUGCUUCCCAGACUCUGCGUAAUUCGCUCGGCUUGGGUACCAGUGAAACAUUGGAGAUCAUUGCUGUCAAUGCCCGCCGCGGGUGGUACCGUCGGUAUGGCCAGACUGAGGACUUUGGUCUUGCCGCUGUUGAGGGGUGGGUUGAUGCGAUCCGCCUCGGAGAGGGUGCUAAGGAGAAGCUGCCGGAGGGUAUCAUCGCUGAACCGGAGGCUGAGCCUGAAGCUGCAGCUGAACCCGAAGCUGAGCCGGAAGCUGAGCCGGAGCAGGCCAAGGAGGAGCCGGAACACGAUGAGCUUUGA